GAACGACCUUACCUCCAUCUGUCAUUCCAGCAAUGAAAAGUAAAUAUACUAUCCUAAACCAUGAAUUACUUAUCACUAAAUAAUAUAAAAAUAAACACGACAAAUUAUAAAAUCAAAAUCAGUUACUAAUAUGAAGAAAAAUGCAAUAAUCUAGAAAAUUGAUAUACGGAUCCAGCCUUAAUUUAACGCGGACCUAUGCCAGCCAGCAGUUAGUGUGGAGUGAGCAGUCUGCUUGGUGUAGGUAACAUAUUUACCUUUCUGUGAGCCAUGGCAGACGAGGUGCGGGCCAAGAAGAGGAUAUCCCUCAAGGAGACGUUCAGGAGCGUGGUGCCUGAGCUCAAUGAAGAGAACAUGCUGUACCUACAAGUGGCGGUGGCGUUGCUGGUGGGCCUCCUCACACUCUUCCUGCUGUGGCGCUUGCUGCGGGGCACCAGUAGGGGGCGCGGCAUCCUGCUGAUGGGGCUGUGUGAGAGUGGCAAGACCCAGAUGUUCUCGCGGUUGUGUCAUGGCGUGGAUGUGGUCUCUGUCACUUCCAUCAAGGAGUCUUCUGGCACCUACACUGCAGGGAAGAAAUCACUCACUCUGUACGAUCUCCCGGGACACGAGCGCAUCCGUUAUGGUGCAUUUGAGAAGGUGAAGAAGCUGGCACGGGGAAUAAUCUUCAUGGUGGACUCCGGCACCAUUCAGAAGGACGUGAGGGAUGUUGCUGACUUCCUGUACACUGUCCUCUGUGACGGGGCGGUGCAGUCCAAGGUGUCCCGUGUCUUGGUGGUCUGUAACAAGCAGGACCUCACGCUGGCCAGGGCUGCUCCCUUGAUACAGAAAACACUGGAGAAAGAAAUCAACCUGCUCCGUGUGACCAAGGCAAGCCAGCUGCAGUCAGUGGGUGAGGGCAGCAACAACAACAGCUUCCUCGGCAAACAAGGACAGGACUUUGAGUUCAGCCACCUGGGACCCAUUAAGGUGGAGUUUGUGGAGGCUGUGGCCAAGAGUGGAGAGAACCUGAGCCCUGUCACUUCCUGGCUGCAGCAGCUGGCCUGAAGGAGGCUCUGAAGGUGUAUGAAGAUGACUUAUUGAUGGAUUAUGGUCAGGGUUGUGGUGUUGGAUUUGGGAUUGGUCCUUCCAGUGUCCUUGAUGUGGCAAAUAAUUGUGUACCUUAUUGGUAGAUCUCUUUUUUACUUUAAUUUUUUUCAAGCACUGGUUAAACAGGCCCUAUCUUCAGGUACAACUUUUAAGCACAGAUUAAACAGGCCCUGUCUUCAGUUGUUGUAACCUUAACUGGCAGUUUUCCUAUUUAAAGCAAGAAGAUAGAUGAAAUACUGUACUUAUUGGUAGAUCUUUUCUUAUACUUUUGAGGAGCAGUAGUUAAACUUUUUUUUUUUUCAACCUUUAGCCAGCAGUUCUCUUACAUAGUAAAAAAAAAAAUAAGAUAAAUGAAAAUUAAAACUUACUUAAAAGUUACUGUGUAGCUUGUAUGUAUAUGAUUCAUGAAGUGAGUUGAGCACACAGCGACAGUUUGUAUGUAUCAUAUUUCCCGUCAUAGAAGAUGCAUCUCUCUCUCUCUCUCUCUCUCUCUCUCUCUCUCUCUCUCUCUCUCUCUCUCUCUCUCUCUCUCUCUCUCUCUCUCUCUCUCUCUCUCUCUCUCUCUCUCUCUCUCUCUCUCUCUCUCUCUCUCUCUCUCUCUCUCCAAAAAAAUGCUCCAAAAAAUCACCCAGCAUGUUAUACCCCAAUGGUUAGGUUUGGGUAGGCCUAUGGGUUAUGGUUACCAGUACUAGAGUAACACCUAAACACCGCUGGUUGUCCCCAGAACAAAAUAUAUAUGUUUAUGUUUUGUUAGAUAAUGAUUACAAAUCAAAAUAGUGUUGAAAAUUACUAGAUAAUGAUUACAAACCAAAAUAAUGCUAAAACAUAAAAGCUGAUUGCUGUAACUCUGAAACACAUCACUCAAUGGUGUUAAUUUAUGUGAAUAAAAUUUGCUGCGCACACAACCUUAACAUGUGCAGGGAGUAUUUUGUUUACCAUUUCAAGUUGACAGCUGGUCUGUGUAGGAGCACUGUAACUCUUCAACCAAUAGUGAACACCUUGAACACAGAGAAAGGCUGGCUAUGAAGUUCAGGGAAAGGUGGGGCUUAUUUUAUUUUUUGAAUAUCCCCUGCCAUAUUAUAGGUCUGUCUUAUAUUCUGGUGCAUCUUAUGUGGCAGGAAAUAUGGUAUAUGACAAUGAGAUGAGUCAACCACAGUACUAACAGAUAAUGACCCUUAUCAUAUUCAUACUGCUGGCUGAGGAACUAAGUUUGCAGACUCUUUAUCAUCUGUUUCUUCACGUCCAGGUAAUUACUUUACUUCACAGAGUAUUUGUGCCGUGCUAGGAGCUGUGUCUGAUUAAUCAAGCUUGGAAUGUUUAAUGCUAAGACUCAGCCUAGUGUGUGCGUUCCUCCUGUCCACUACGUAGAUGAAGUGAAAGAUGUACAGAAUGAGUUAGAAAAGGAAUCAUAGUGUUAAAGUAGUACAAUCAAGUUACCUAUUGAACACAGAAUUUUAGUGAGACUAGAAAUAUUGAUAUUGGAAGAAGGGCCACCUAUUUAUUAAACAGUGACAUUGAUAGCAAGUGAAGCUGUUGUGAGAAGAAAAUUAAGUAAGGAAUAAGGUGUUGAAAAAAAACAGUAUGUACAAUCAGAUAUUUAUCAGAAUUACUGUGAUUUAUAUUGGGUAGAAAGUAAAUGAAAAUCCUGAAAGUGCAUACAAUCAGUUAUUUACCAAGCACAUGAUUAUAAUGACAAUGACAAGCCUGGUGGUGAUUUGUAUAGCUGAUGUGAUGUAUGUGUGUGUACAUGACUGUAUGACUGGCAGGUGCCCUCAGAAGCACCAGCCAUAACAGUGAUGCAAUGAAUGUGUUCUGUAAUGUGUGUUGAUAUCUCGCUUUUGAUAGAUAAAUAUGAUGAAGGAGA